AUGUAUCGAGGUCGAUCAUUCAUGCCCGGAAGAAGGGCACUUGUCCUCUCCACCGCCACUGUAGCUGUCGGAUCAGCUUAUCUCCUCGCUCGACCUGCUUAUGCCGAUUCCAACCCUGUCCCAGUCUACAAGAAAAGACCUGGACCAUUAUGGUCACCCCCCUCGCGAGCUCAGAUGCUCGAACAUCUCCGUACAUCCGGUGUCUACGUACAUCGAACUUCAGACGGUGCACCUGAACCCGGAGCCGUGUUGAAGAAGGAUGAGGCUGAAUCAGAAGGCGAAGAUGUGUUUGAUCUGUUGAUUGUAGGUGGAGGUGCUACAGGUGCUGGUACAGCUUUAGACGCCGCUAGUAGAGGGUUGAAAGUCGCUUGUGUGGAAAGAGACGAUUUCGCAAGUGGUACUUCAUCAAAAUCAACUAAAUUGGUACACGGUGGUGUACGAUAUUUGCAAAAAGCAAUCUUCGAAUUAGAUUAUGAACAAUGGAAAUUGGUCAAGGAAGCUUUGAAGGAAAGAAGAGUUUUCUUGGAAACUGCUCCUCAUCUUUCUAGCAUGCUUCCUAUCCUCUUACCCAUUUACACAUGGUGGCAACUCCCUUACUACUACGCUGGAUGUAAGCUCUACGAUAUCCUCGCUGGUAAGGAGAAUAUGGAAAGUGCAUACUGGAUGGGUAAAGGUAAAGCCAUGGAGGCCUUCCCAAUGUUGAAAUCUGAUGGUUUGGUUGGUGGUGUCGUCUACUAUGAUGGUCAACACAACGAUUCCCGAAUGAACAUUUCCCUCGUUAUGACCGCUGUGCAGCACGGUGCUAUCAUGGCCAACCACGUCGAGGUCACUGCUCUUCACAAGCGACCGGACCCAUCACGAGGUGGUGAGGAGAGAAUCUACGCUGCCUCAGUCAAAGAUCGAAUGACCGGUGAGGAAUGGAAAGUCCGAUGUCGAGGUGUCAUCAAUGCUACUGGGCCAUUCAGUGAUGGUGUACGAAAACUUGAUGAACCAACUACCAAAGAGAUCGUCGCUCCUUCCGCCGGUGUACACAUCACUCUCCCCAACUAUUACGGCCCCAAGACUAUGGGUCUCUUGGAUCCCGCUACCUCGGAUGGCCGAGUUAUCUUCUUCUUACCAUGGCAAGGAAAUGUCAUUGCCGGUACCACCGAUUCCCCCACCACUGUCUCUCAGAAUCCCGUUCCUGCUGAGAAGGAGAUUCAAUGGAUCCUUGACGAAGUUAGGAACUAUCUGUCACCCGAUGUCAAGGUCAGACGAGGUGAUGUUCUUUCCGCCUGGUCAGGUAUCAGACCUUUGGUCAUGGACCCUGCUGCCAAGAACACUCAAUCGCUCGUCAGAAACCACAUGAUCAACAUCAGUAAAGGUGGUUUAUUGACCAUUGCUGGUGGUAAAUGGACAACUUACCGAGCGAUGGCUGAGGAAACCGUUGACGCUGCUGUCAAGGAAUACGGCCUCAAACCCAACGGCCCAAGUACGACUGAACACAUCAAGCUUGUCGGUGGUCACGCAUGGAGCAAAACCAUGUACAUCAAGCUUAUCCAGCAAUUCGGUCUUGAGACUGAGGUCGCCAAGCACUUGUCCGAAUCCUAUGGUGACCGAGCUUGGACCGUUGCAUCCAUGGCUGCUACCACUGGCUUGUCAUGGCCUCUUCACGGUGUCCGAUUCUCACCUUUAUACCCAUACAUUGAAGCUGAAGCUCGAUACGCUGUCCGAUGCGAAUACGCUUUGACCGCCGUCGACUUCAUCGCCCGAAGAACCAGAAUGUCCUUCUUGAACGUUCAAGUCACUUUGGAAACGUUACCUCGAGUGAUCGAUAUCAUGGGUGAAGAACUGGGCUGGGAUAGAGCAAAGAAAGAAACUGAAUUCGAUAAUGCCGUUGAAUUUUUGAAAUCUAUGGGAUUACCUGAACAAGCUACAAAGAUCAAACUCGCAGAUGUAGCUAAAUCUCACGGUAAUAUCGGUACUCUCGGUUUGGCCAAUAGUGAAGAUGCCAAAUUAUACGCUAGAGCUCAAUUCACACCUGACGAAGUUAGUAACUUGAAGAGACAAUUCGAGGAAUUUGACUUUGACCACGACCAACAUAUCACCAAAGACGAUCUUAUCCACGCUAUGACCAACAUGGGCUAUGACGCAUCCACCGAAUUGGCUGAUAGUAUCUUGAGAGAAGUCGAUUUCGGUAGGAAAGGAUUCGUCGAUUUCCAAGAUUACCUUGAUAUCGCCGCUGGUCUCAAAGAACUUUCACUUGAAUCCGCUUUCACCCACUUGGCUCAAUUAGAUUCAUCUCGAAAGAUCGGUGAAAAGGCUCAGAUCGGUCCUCAUGCUGAUGAUGCCAGCUCGCAGAGGGAUACAAGAAGAAAGAUCCCAGUCGAGAGAUCAGGUGGUGGUACAUAA